GAGACACUGUUGUUUGCUCAGCCAACAGGAGGAGAAUAAGAGACACUCUACACCAAUCAGCAUCCAGAGUUUGGACCUAGAGGUGUGUCUAAGAAACAAUAUCAGGAAACUACUUGAACACAACUCAGACUGAAGCGGAGUGAACCCAAACAAACAGAAAGAGGAAGUGCUGCUGGUGUCCUGUGUUUCUCAGUGCAGCUGAAUAAAGGAAGUGUAACGUGUGUCUCCAGUGGCCAUGGACAAACCGGUGUGUUUGAUUGACACUGCGUCUGACGGGAAGCUGUGUGUGCAGCAGUCAGCGUUGCAGGUUCUGGAGCAGAUCCAGCAGCCCGUGGUGGUGGUGGCCGUGGUGGGUCUCUACCGCACCGGGAAGUCCUACCUGAUGAACCGACUGGCCGGGAAACAAACAGGGUUUGCUCUGGGCAGCACCAUCGAGUCCAAGACCAAGGGCAUCUGGAUGUGGUGUGUGCCUCACCCUACUAAAGCAGAAACUACUCUGGUGCUGCUGGACACCGAGGGACUCGGGGACGUGGACAAGGGCGACUCAAAGCAUGACACCAGGAUCUUCUCUUUGGCUGUCCUUCUGAGCAGCACUCUAGUCCUCAACAGUCGAGGAACUAUUGACAACAGGGCUAUUGAGGAACUACAAUAUGUCACUGAGCUAACAGAGCACAUCAAGAUCAAAUCACCUGAUGAAGUUGUAGAUGAUGCAGAGUUUGUCAAGUUCUUCCCCAGUUUCAUCUGGGCCGUGAGGGACUUCACUCUGCAGCUAAAGAUCGAUGGGAAAGACGCAACAGAGGAUGAGUACCUAGAGUUUGCUCUGAAGCUAAAACUAGGCAACUCUAUUCAAGUGAACAAUUACAACCUUCCAAGAGAGUGCAUUCGCAAAUACUUCCCAUCACGCAAAUGUUUCACCUUCCCUUUCCCGACCAAUCCAGACAAUGUCUCUUAUCUGGAGACACUGGACCCAGCUGAGAUUUCCAAACGAUUCUUGGAGGUCACGGACUGUUUCUGUCAGUUUAUCUUUGACAAGAGCCAAGUGAAAAAUCUGAAAGAUGGACACACAGUCACGGGCAGAGUUCUGGGUCAUCUAGUAAAAACAUAUGUAGACACCAUCUCUAGUGGAGCUAUACCCUGUCUGGAGAAUGCUGUGACUGCCAUGGCACAGAUCGAGAAUGAGGCUGCAUUUCAGGAGGGGCUUGAGGUCUACCACACUGGAAUGGAGAAACUGAAGAAGUCCUUCCCUGUGGAACUGAAUGAAAUCAACUCGGAACACCAAUGCUUCAGUCUCAUGGCCACACAGAUCUUCAUGAAACGCUCCUUCAGGGACAGUGAUGGGAAGUUUGUGACAUCUUUAGAGGAAGCCAUGAAUCAUCAGUUUGACAGUUAUCUCUUGGACAAUGAGAGAGCUUCUGAGGCUAAAUGUGAAAGCCUUCUGUCGGUUCUCUCUGAAACAAUGACCGAGAGAAUCAAUGAAGGCUUUUAUGCCAGAGCUGGCGGCUACAGUCUCUUCUGCCAGGACCUGGAGGAUAUUGUGCAUCAGUAUAAUAUACUGGCCAGUCAAGAGGUCAAGGUCGCAGAGGUGUUGGAGAAGUUUCUACAGCAAAAGAUUGUGAUUACCACAGCCAUUCUGCAGGCGGAUGAUCAACUAACUGAAAAUGAUAGAAGGAUUUGUGAGGAGAGAGAGAAGUCGGUGGUCCUGGAACAGGAGAUCAAAGCCCAGGAAGAGCGUCAGCGUCAGCUGGAGGAGAAGAUGAUGAUCGAAGAACAGAAUCACGAGGAGAGGGUGAGGCAGGUCAUACAGAGGAUGGAGAAGGAGAUGUUCGUCCAACAGCAGGAGACAGAGCGGGCCAUGGCCAGUAAGAUGAGGGAACAGGCUAAUCUGAUGGAGAAGGGCUUUCAAGAAAAAGCUAACACAAUGGCCUCCGAGAUUGACAAUCUGAAGAGGAAUAAUAGAGAGGUAGAGGAGAGGAAGUCCAGAGAGUUUGCUCAGAUGAUAGCAAAUCAGGAGCAAAGAAACACACAGAACAUGGAAUUGUUGAGACAGCAGCACAGAGAGCAGCUGGAAGCUAUGAACAGCAGACCGAGACCUUCAUCUUCAUCCUGUUCUAUACAGUGACGUGUGCUCACACUUAGAAUAACAUGAUAACAUCUCACUCAAUACAGAAGAUAGUUUGUUCUGUUCGACUAGAAAGAUUCUGCUAAUGUGUGAUAGCUGAUCAGCUGCUUUUCUAAAUCACAUCUGAAAUAGUGCUUUAAAUAUAAAGAUGCAUGUUUCUGGCAGAUGAGAUUAGGCAAUGCCUUUCCUACUUCAUUUACUGACGAGUUACAUACCUGCAGAUGCCUCCUCGGGCUCCACAUUGACAUGUUGAUUGAUUUGAUGUUGAUAUCAAUUCAAGAAAGGGCAAAUGUAUUUUGCACUGAACUGUUGUAUUUGUGCCCUUUUCUGAUUCCUGGAUAUGAUUUUUGACUUUCCUGCACCAGAACACAUUUUUAUGACUCACAGACAGGUUAUAGUGAUGAUUAAACAGUCAUUCAUUCACAUUAAAGGCUUACACAUGUUUAUAAAUGUUCAGUUCGUACAGUAUAUGAUCAUGCACUUUCAGCAUUUUUUUAUUAGCAUGCAUUUGAAUGCUUGAAAAUGUGAUAAAACUGGUUGCUUAAACUGACUAAAACAUAUUAUAUAUCAUCUUAAGCCCGGCUCACAUUUGGCCAUCUAAGACCAAUUCUGAAAAUCCCACAGUGUGACGUGAUCAUCAUGUUUAUACUGUCUGAUAAGUACAGUCCUAAAGAAAAAAAUCGCAGUCUGCACCCAGCUUUAUGCACUUUUUACAUAUGCAAAUAUUGUAUAAAUGUCAAUUUAAGUAUGUUUAAGCUCUAUUCAUGUUCACAUAUGAUUAACUCAUAACCAGUCUAGGAUGUCACAUUUGCAGUUACUGUAAUUAGCAAUUAUUACACACUUCUACUUAUGCAUUUGCAAAUUAUUACGUUUUUGUUCAACUUGCUGCUGUACCACACUGAAACUUUGUAUUUACUACUAUUAAUCAUUUAGUAAUCAAAUUGAUGCAUUUUAUUUGUUGUUUUAAAGUCUAUGCGCGCUUGCUAUUUGUAGUUCAAGAGUGCACAGCAUUACGUCAAUUAAAUGAUUACAUUUCAUUUACACAGUCAACAUCUUCCAGAAAAGUGAUACAAACCUUGCUAACAAAGUUUAAUUUAAGGGCUAGUGCUUCCUGAAAGUUUCUUUCUUGAAACUGUGUGGGCAGCACACAAAAGAAGCCAUUCAACUGGUGAUUUCAUCAGCUCUUGCCAUUUUUGUCCUUACUAUAUCAGACCUGUCCUCUGCCUUUGACACAAACAGUCACACAAUUCUUAUCUCCAGAUUAAAAUCUGGGGGGGAACUGAAUUUAAAUGGAAUUUCAAAGUCUUUUGUAACUAACAGACAAUUUUCAGUGUCACCUCUUCUACAGAAAGUCUUUCUUAUGGAGUUCCUCAGAGUUCUGUCCUAUCACCAGCACUGUUUUCACUAUAUAUGCUUACCUUGAAAAAUGGCUGGGAAUAAUCAAACAAACAGCUUUAAAUUCUCUGUUUGCCUGUUUAAAGAGUUAAAAGAGGUUAAAUAAAAACAAAUGCAAUAAAUAGCAAUGAGCAAAAUCACAUGGUGACACACCCAAGCAUAUCUCAGAUCUGUGGUCUGGAGACUUCUGCAAAAUUUGAAGGAAAGGAA